CUCAUAAUGUGGGAUAACAGAUAAAAAAACAAUUAAGAUCUCUUAGUUGUAAAUGAAUUGUCAGAAUAUUCAUCUGUUUCUCUGAAGAAAACAUUGUUAUAAGGUUCUUAAAAUUAAAUUGAAAUGAUGCCAUUAAAACCUAAACCAGUUUAGAUUGCUCCUUUAAGUGAGGAAUAUGCUUAUACAAUGACUUAGCAUAUUUAAUUGAUAGGUGAUUUAGCAUCAACAGAUAAAACAGCAGUUUGUACUUAGAAUUGGAAAGACGUAAUAAAAGUUAAUAGUUGAUAGAAUGUUCGUAAACAAUUCAAUACUUAGACAAUAACAUAAUUUAAAACAUCGUAUUAAAUCAAUAGAGAAAUAUAAUUAAUUACAUAGAUAAAAAAGACAUAUGUAAAUUUGAUGCCGAUAAUUGAUCCACAAAGUUCAUUUCUUUCAUAUUGGAAGAUUCCUGUGUUGAUAAUAACAUUUGUGGUUUUUAUAGAAGUGCCAUUAAUAAUAUUUUUUGGAGAUGACUUCUAUUAUACAUUCCAUAGUCCAACCUAUAUCUUUUUUAGAAUUAUAGUGAUUGUACUAAUAUUAAAAUAAACAUCAUUUAGUUGAUUUUCAUGCUUGAUAUUUUCAUAGAAUUUCAUGUGGCAUUUUAUAAGUAUGGAGCAUUGGUAAAAAACAGACGUAGAGUAGCUUUACAUUAUUUAAUGGGUUCAUUUAUAUUUGAUUUUGUUCCUCUUAUAGAAAUAUUGAUAACAACAUUUUCAUAUACAAUGGCAAAUGUAUAUACAUUUCAUUUACUAUUUUUAUUAAAAAUGUAUCCGGUGUAUGAAAUCGAUUAAAGAUAUUAAGAUAAAUUAUAAGUUUAUCCAAAAUGGAAGAGUAUAUAUAUGAUAAUUAGAAUGAUAAUUGAGAUAGUAUAUUUAACCCAUUUUUUUGGUUGUAUAUUUUUUGGGACUGGAAUAUAUAUGCUAAAUCAUUAUGAUAAUCCUGAUGAAGGUAAAUUUACUAAUUCAUGGUUAACAUUUUCAAGUGGAAACUUUGGAAUUAUAUUAUACUAUGAUUGGACAAAAAGGUAUAUUUUAUCAACAUAUUGGGCAUUUGCAACUUUAACAACAGUAGCAUAUGGAGAUAUUACACCUAUGAAUGAAUUUGAAAUUAUUGUUGCAGAAGUAGCAAUGAUUGCUGCGGUCUUUUUGGUAGCAUUUAAUGUUAAUAACAUAUAAUAAACAUUUGUUGAUUAUUUUGAUGAAAAAAGAAAAUAUAAUAAAGAAAUAGUUGCAAUCACUAAAUUUAUGAGAUCUAAAAAUGUAUCAGAAAAAACUGAGAAGGAAAUUAGAAAUUUCUUAGAACAUUACUUUAAAGAAAAGAGAAAUAGAGAUUAAUAUCUGGAAGAUUAGGUAUUCUAAAAAUUAGCUCCUUAAUUAAAAAAUAGAUUAAUGUAUGAAGCUUAUUAACCUUAUUUAUAUUAAGUUCCAUGGAUUACCAAUAACUUCUCUGAUGAUCUAAUGAGAGAAUUAAGUUAGGUUAUGCAAGAAAUUGAUUAUUCUAAAAAAGAAAAUAUCUUUUUAGAUGGAGAUGCAAAUAGAGAUGAUAAUGCAAUCUAUUUUGUUUAAAUUGGACAUAUAGAAAUCUUUGUUAAUGUACCUGAAACAGAAAAACAAGAAGUUAUUAUGGCACAUUUAAAAUCAGGAGCUAGAUUUGGUGAUUAUGCUUUUGUUACAGGAUUACAACGAAAAGCAUCAGCCAGAUCUAAAAAAUAUUCUUAAGUUGUAAGAUUAUCAAGAACAGAUUUUAUGAAUAAAUUAAAAUUGUUCCCUUUAGAUCAUUAACGUUACUGUUUCUUAAGAGAUGAAAUCAUAUUUAAUAAUGCAUAUUAUGAAUUAGGUAUUGAAUGCUUUACUUGUGGUUCCACUGAUCAUAUGAGUAUAGAUUGUUCAUUAACACAUAUAAGUAUUAGUAAAGAAAUCAUCAAAAGUGUUAGAAAAAGCAUUGUUGAUAAAAAACUUAAAAAAUUAUCAAUCAGUAUUUCAUCAUAUUUAUUUUACUUUAGAUAUAUUUCAAAACAGAAAUUACUAAUUUCAAAGAAGACUAAAAUAAAAAGUUAGAUUUUUUAAAAUUGCAUAACCAGAAUAAGCAGAAAUAGAAGAAUAUCACUCAAUAAUUAACAAGAAAAUUUAAUUUGAAGCUUUUUAUAGCCAAAAUUAGAUUAUUAUCGAAUGUAAUUAUUUUAUCAACAAUUCUUAGCCUUUACAAUUGACAAGAUUGAUAAUUUUGUUAAUUAUUACCCUAAUUUUAAUAUUGAUUUUCUCAUUAGUAAAAAUAGAAAAAAAGAAAAUCUUGUUUUUGCUAAAGAAACUCGAUAAAGAAGUGUAAGUUAAAUUAUUAGAAAAAGCGAAGCUAUCCAUUGA